CUCCGGGCGCGGGGCGAGCGGCUGCGGUGAGGCGCCGAGGGCGGCGCGGGCGCGGCGGCCAUGGGCGCCCUGACAAGCCGGCAGCACGCGGGCGUGGAGGAGGUGGACAUCCCGUCCAAUUCCGUGUACCGCUACCCGCCCAAGUCCGGAAGCUAUUUCGCCAGCCACUUCAUCAUGGGAGGAGAGAAGUUUGACUCCACUCAUCCUGAAGGUUACCUGUUUGGAGAGAACAGCGACCUGAACUUCCUGGGGAACAGACCAGUAGCGUUUCCUUAUGCUGCCCCACCUCCCCAAGAACCAGUGAAGACUCUGAGAAGCCUGAUCAACAUCCGAAAGGACACACUAAGACUCGUCAAAUGUAGUGAGGAAGUGAAGACCCCUGGGGAAGAGGCUAGCAGAGCUAAAGUCCAUUACAACGUGGAGUUCACCUUUGACACUGACGCCCGGGUGGCCAUCACCAUCUACUAUCAGGCCACUGAGGAGUUCCAGAAUGGUAUUGCCAGCUACAUCCCCAAAGACAACAGCCUCCAGUCGGAGACGGUGCACUACAAGCGAGGGGUGUGCCAGCAGUUCUGCCUGCCCUCCCACACCGUGGACCCGUCAGACUGGGCUGAAGAGGAGCUUGGCUUCGACCUGGACCGAGAGGUUUACCCCUUAGUGGUCCAUGCUGUGGUGGACGAAGGCGAUGAGUAUUUUGGCCACUGCCACGUACUGCUGGGCACUUUUGAAAAGCACACGGAUGGGACUUUCUGUGUCAAGCCUCUCAAACAGAAACAAGUAGUAGAUGGGGUCAGCUACCUCCUUCAGGAGAUCUAUGGAAUUGAAAACAAGUACAACACACAAGAUUCCAAGGUGGCUGAGGACGAAGUCAGUGAUAACAGUGCUGAGUGUGUGGUGUGUCUCUCGGACGUCCGGGACACCUUGAUUCUGCCCUGUCGCCACCUCUGCCUGUGUAACACCUGUGCGGACACCCUGCGCUACCAGGCCAACAACUGCCCCAUCUGCCGACUGCCCUUCCGGGCACUGCUUCAGAUCCGCGCCAUGAGGAAAAAACUGGGCCCCUUGUCCCCAACCAGCUUUAACCCCAUCAUCUCAUCCCAGACAUCUGACUCGGAGGAGCAUUCUUCCUCCGAGAAUAUUCCGCCGGGCUAUGAAGUGGUGUCUCUUCUGGAGGCUCUCAACGGACCCCUCACCCCGUCCCCCGCCGUCCCUCCACUCCGCGUGCUUGGAGAUGGCCACCUCUCAGGAAUGCUGCCGGCAUACGGCAGUGACGGCCAUCUGCCCCCUGUCAGGACACUCUCCCCACUGGACCGCCUGUCUGACUGCAGCAGCCAAGGACUCAAGCUCAAAAGGAGUCUGUCCAAGUCCCUCUCCCAGAACUCAUCUGUGCUGCACGAAGAGGACGAUGAGCGCUCUUGCAGUGAAUCUGAGACGCACCUCUCGCGGAGGCCAUCAGCUCAGCAGCUUGAACAGGAAUGUGGCGGAACUCCAGACAGCGAGAAUCUUACCAUGUCCUCAUCGGGCCCUAUUGACCAGUCGUCUUGCACAGGGACGCCUCUCUCCUCCACGAUUUCCUCCCCAGAAGAGCCUGCCAGCAGCAGCCUGGCGCAGUCGGUCAUGUCCGUGGUGUCCUCCCAGAGCCAGCACUCCCAGGUCAGCACAGACACGGCCUCCUCCAUGUCCGGCUCCUACAUCGCCCCCGGCACUGAAGACGAGGGAGAGGCUCUCCCUUCCCCACAGGCGGCUAGCAGGGCCCCCUCAGAGGAAGGAGAGGUGAUGUCAGCAGCGUCUGCAGACAGCAACUUUGUCGGCCUUGCAGAAGAGCAGGAUGCAGAGGGAAACGGUGUCCUAGAGGAAGAGGAUGGAUCACCCACACAAGAAGAUGGCCAGAGGACAUGCGCAUUUCUAGGUAUGGAGUGUGACAAUAACAAUGAGUUUGACAUCGCCAGCGUGAAAGCACUGGACAAUAAGCUGUGCUCUGAGGUCUGCUUACCCGGUACCUGGCAAGCAGAUGACAACGUAGUCAGCCAUCACAACACACAGCGCCGGCGCUUAUCAUCCAGCAGUCUGGAGGACGCAGAGAACAGGCCCUGCGUGUGGGGUCCUUUGGCCGUCUGAGAGCCCCACCCCUGUCACAGGGCUGCCUGCCUGACCCCGUGGUCCAUCCUGGCCUCACUGGACCGCUGGCCUCCUGGGCAUGCUCAGCAAGACACAUGGAGACUUGGAUACCGUGGGAAAGCCGGACACUGAGGUCAGCCUGCUCCUCCCAGCCUCAUCUCCUGCCAUAACCGUGAUCCCUCCCCUCAGAAGGGACCGGAAGCCUCCUUUCUGCUUGUGGGCGGAAGCCAUCGAUGAACUGCGCCUCAUGAGACCCUUUGCAGAGAUGCUGUGGAAUUUUCCCACCAUAUUGCUUGGUCUUCGUUCAGGUGACACCCAGGUCCACAGGCUGAUAGUGCAUCUUUCUCCUCCUUAGGGGUUAGAACAAGACGACUUGGAGUUUUAGCAGCUUCACCACAGACGCCCAUCUGGCAUUUUCUGGUUUCUGGGACAUCUUAACCAAUUUGAAACCUCCAAUUUGGGGUGGGGUUGGGGGAUGACUCCUGUGAGAAGGGAAAGCCAUAUUGCACUGUAAGUAGAGAUUCCCUCAAAAAGCUCCUUUCCGAAGGACAAGGGACAUGGUGGCAAACAAAAGGUUGGUUGAAAAGACAGUUCUUCCUUCUGGCAGCCGAGCUAGUCUCCUGUGCCUUGUGUGUCUGUGUGCUUAGGAAGGAGGUCUUGAACCUGAGAAUCCCCCCAUUAAACAGUUACCCUCGGGAGGGUUUCUUAGCAUCAGGUGCAUUCGUGAAGGACUGGCACUCCAUCCUAAGGUGACAUUUCAAAAAACACACUUUCUGACGACCUGUAUGCGCCAGGCACUGUUAGGAGUUGUCAUAUAUUAUCACAUUUCAUCACUACGGCCCUGUCAGGUGGCAUUCGUAUCCCUAUUUCCCCGUCUCCACCCCUUUUUGUUAAUAGUUGAAGAAAUGGGCUGAGGGAAGGGUGGGCCAGUGAUCCUCCCAUUGGAGCCCAGGAGCCCCAACAGAAAUGGUGGAAAGUGUGGAGCCGGCCAGCAGGGGGCUGGGAGCCAGGGCCUUCACCUCUGGGAGCUCCCCACCCCCACGUUCUCCUCCCCUGCCUUCCAGUUCUCCUGAGCUUGAUAGGGGAGGGGGAGGUACUGCCUUCCACAGGCUCAUUAGACAUUUAGAGCUAUUGUUCACAUCUCGUGCCCACCCCAGCCCAGUGAGGUGGCUGCAACAGCGAGCCUGGACCGCAAGCUGCAGGGUGGUACUCCGCUCUCAACAAUUGUGUUAUGGUAUCCACACUGCUCUUGCUUUGUGCUUUAGUGAACAGCACAGCAUUGGGAAGCAAAACUAGGUACAACAAUAUGUAAGGCUGAGAUGUGGCUCUGUUCUUCCUGAUGGCCUGUCUUAGUAUUUGGAAUUGUCACCCUAGAAGAGCUUCUCGGGGCCAUUUCAAGGGCCUCAGAGAGCCAGUGCCCAGGGGAUCCACUGCACGUUCUGUGUGGCUUCUGUGCACUGUCAGGUACGCGGUGACCCUCACGGGUUGUGGCUCACAUCCUGCCCUGGUAUGGGGCGGGGGAGGGGAGGUGACUUGUUCUGACAGAUGUAAUAUGAGCCAUGCCAGACUCUAAGCUUCUGUCUUGAGUUCCCACACCCACCCUGUCUGAAAUCCUGCAGUGGACCCUGCUGGUUCAGGCCCAACUUCAUGACCUUUCUUUCUCCCACCUUUCCUAUUUAAGAUCUGAGCAAUAACCCCACUCCCCGAUUCCUUGAAGCUGGAGCUCCCCUUAGCCUAGGGUGGUGGCACACAGACCCACCUCCUCUCCCAGCAGGUAGUAUCCACAGUGUGGUGUUACCUGAGAUGAAGGAGAUGCAGGUAAACAGUAGCCACAGUGGCCAGGAACCGCAAGAGGAAGUCGUUAUCUUCACCUGUUCUGGAGGGUCUUUGUCCUCUCCCAGGAAGAGGCUCAGAAAGCUUCCUCCAGGCCUUGCCAUAUCUGCAUUAGAAGGGCCCUUCACUCCUAGUUUCUCAGACACUUCCUUUCUUCCCUCUCACUCCUCUUGUUCUCAUUUAAAUCUUUGGCAAGCAGAAUAUCCCACCCAAAGGGGCUGGUCCCCAGUCAGCCUGAUCAGGGAACAGGGCAGCUGCCAACCCUACUGGCCCAUCCAUCAUCUGGAGACGGUGCGUCCGGAUGGUGUGGCGAUCCAGGCCUCCUCAGAGCCUUUCUUCCUUCCCUACCCAGUUCCAUCCCACCAGAGCUCAUGCCCACGCUGGGACACCUCCUGGGCACAGACCUACACACUUUAAGCCGUCUCACCCGGGGAGAGUUAGUGUCCUGUCCGCCUGAUCUCGGCACGCUUGUUGGUCACUUUGCUUUAGGAUUUGCACACCUGGUGUGUGCAAGUGUGUGUGUGUACUGUUGUGCCAUCUGUGUACCCCUCUCACUCCCUGGAGUUACACUCAUGGGCACACUACAGUGGGGACAUCGAGGAUGCAAUAUUUAUGGAUUGCUGCAUGAUUCCUAAAAAUGAAUAAAACUGUUUACACAGGAAGGAGAGCUGUUAACUGCA